UCUCUGCAAAGAUAAGUGGGGCUAGGGUUUAAAGAAAUUUUUGAAUUUCACUAAAAUUAGAGUUGAUUCCAUCUGGGUUCAUCAAUAUUUUCGUGGGUCCUUGUUCAUUUUUUCUAUUUUUUUCUCAAUUUCUUGUUUAACCAUGGACUCACCAACCCAUCAUCACCACCGUACCAUGGAAAAAAUAGACAAAGAACAGAGCAUAACCACAGCAAAUCUCUCUAGCCAACCAGAACUCAAAGACGAGACCUUAACAGACCCAGAAGAAAGCCAAGAAUUUGAGGAACACAACAACAAUAAAAGAAUCAACAACGGUUCUUCUUCUUCUUCUCUUGUUUUACAUCAAGUACAAAGAAAGCAACAGCAAGUGGUAAUUGCAGCAAAGAGGAACAGAAAAGACAGGCACACAAAAGUAGAAGGUCGAGGACGGAGAGUUCGGAUGCCAGCAACAUGUGCAGCCAGGAUUUUUCAGUUAACUCGAGAACUAGGUCACAAGUCUGAGGGUGAGACAAUAAGAUGGUUGCUUGAACACGCAGAGCCAGCAAUUAUUGAAGCAACAGGUACAGGUACAGUACCUGCUAUUGCUGUUUCUGUUAAUGGAACAUUAAAAAUCCCAACUGAAACACCAGCUAGAACAACAGCUGAAGCGGACAUUGAUGCUGAUGGUUUGGUGCCUAAUAAAAAACGUAGGAGACCUUGUAAUAGUGAUUUUGUUGAUCUUACAGAAGCCGCUCAUCAGAAUUCAGUUUCUUCAGGUUUGGCUCCUAUUGCUAGUACAAGUCCACAAGGGUUGGUGCCAAUUUGGCCAAUGGGGACUCUUCUGUUCCCACAAGGGAGUAGUGUUGGUGUUGGUGAGUCUAAUCAGGCUCGAUUUUGGGCUUUUCCUGCUGCCAGUACAACCCCAUUUUUUAAUAUGGCUGCUAAGCCUAUUUCUAGCCUUGUUUCUGCUAUGCAGCCUGGGGUCCAAUCGGCUGGUAAUGUUGGUGUUGGUUUUGGUGGGGGUGAGUCACUGGGGUCAGGUGGGUCACCUUCUAAUAACAUUGGGUCAAUGAGUUCUUCAAGCUCAGGAUCAAGUACCACGAGUGCCAGUACUGGUGGCGGCGGCGGCGGUGGUGGUUCACAAAUGUUGAGGGAUUUUUCUUUGGAGAUUUAUGAUAAGAAGGUGCUUCAAUAUCUGGGCCAUCCUGUGAAUCAUGAUCAUCAACAAGCACCAUGUUCAGAAUCUUGCAUUUUGAGAUGACUGGCUUGCGUUUAAUCAACUUGGGGGGCCAACACAAAUGUUAAUGCGGUAGAGAUGGUGUUUUACGAUUAGGGAGCAGCUUUUUUUUUUUUUUUUUUGUUCUUAGGUUCUAGGACAAGAACAUGGUUUUUAAUUUGGUUUUGUUUAUGUUAUCUUUGUGGGAUUUUUGGAUAUUAAGCCCUUUUGUCUUCACUUUGUUCUUAUCAUUGAUUCAUUUCUCCUGGGUCAACCUGUAUGGUAUGUUGGGAAAAGUUGAGCAUUUUUAGCAAAAAAAUAAAUAAAAUGUGUGGUAAUAAUGUUAA